UGUGUCCUUGUUUGGGUUGGAUCACUGCCGCUGCUGCACAUCACUUCCUGUGAAUCUCUGAUAAAGAAGAGCCUGGCGGCGGGAACUCCGCAGGUUAAAUUUUUUGGGUUUGUUCGGUGAAUCCGUCUGAAUCGGAGCCAUCAGAACCGCAAACAUGACGGUGGGUAAGAGCAGUAAGAUGCUGCAGCAUAUUGACUUCAGGAUGAGGUGCAUCCUGCAGGACGGCCGUAUCUUCAUCGGCACGUUCAAGGCCUUCGACAAACACAUGAACCUCAUCCUGUGUGACUGUGACGAGUUCAGGAAGAUCAAGCCAAAGAACUCCAAGCAGCCGGAGCGAGAGGAGAAGAGGGUUCUGGGUCUGGUUCUGCUGCGGGGGGAGAACCUGGUCUCCAUGACGGUCGAGGGUCCACCCCCUAAAGAUACGGGAAUAGCUCGCGUCCCAUUGGCCGGUGUGGCCGGAGGUCCUGGUGUGGGCCGUGCGGCUGGUCGUGGUGUCCCGGCCGGCGCUCCGAUGCCUCAGGCCCCGGCCGGACUCGCCGGCCCCGUGAGAGGAGUGGGCGGGCCUUCACAGCAGGUGAUGACUCCGCAGGGCAGGGGGACUGUUGCCGCGGCAGCAGCCGGAGCCAGCAUCGCCGGCGCUCCCACCCAGUACCCUCCAGGACGUGGAGCCCCGCCCCCAAUGGGCCGGGGAGCGCCACCACCAGGUAUGAUGGGCCCGCCUCCCGGCAUGCGCCCACCAAUGGGUCCUCCGAUGGGGAUGCCUCCAGGCAGAGGAGCCCCGAUGGGAAUGCCCCCCCCAGGCAUGAGGCCGCCGCCGCCCGGCAUGAGAGGACCGCCUCCUCCCGGGAUGAGACCGCCCCCCCGGCCCUGAGGAAGUCCGUGCCCCCCACCCCCCUCACACUCGCCUGCUGUAUAGAUUUUGUUUUUGUUUUUUAAAUCUUCAGUGUUUUUUUUUUUUUUAAUAAAGUUUCUUCAGGAUGGUUUAAA